AGUUUCAAAGGCUGCAUUGCAAAUCCUCGUUGCCAGAAAAGUCCAAAAAAUAGAUUGUAAAAGGAAAAGUAACCGGAGAUUACAAAAAACACAAGUUAAUGUCAGGAUAGCUUUUUCCAGGUGGAUAGAGGAGAAAGAGUUCAAACGAGACGCUGAAGUCCUGCUUUCUUCUCGACAGACGGACAGUAAAGGAUGCAAGGUGCUAUUACACGGGUUUGCGUGGUGAUAGUAGCCGCUAUCCUGAACCAUCCUCUGCUCUUCCCUAAUGAGAACACCACCAUCAGUGAGCAAGAUGAGGAUCUUCUGGCCCGGAUGAAAGAGCACCAGGAGAAUCUGGAGGCCGAACAGAAGCUCCUGGAGCAGGAGAUCUCACAAACAGAAACAGCUCUGAUUGGUGAUCAGGACAGUUAUGGCUGGUACUUUUGGAGCGCCCUCUGCCUUGUUAUUUUCUUCACAAUUGAGGUUUGCAGGCAGGAUAUGAUCCCUGCUGAAAUUCCAGACCCAGUGGAAGACGAAGACGGAGAUUCCAGUGCCGGAUAUCUCAGCGCGAAGUCAGUAGCCUUAGAUAAAGACGUCCUAAAUAACUUCUGCAAGACCCGCUUCCACCCUUUUAUCCACGAGACCGGGAGAGUGCGGGAGUUUAUCGAAGGCUUUGCAGAUGAUUUGCUUGAGGCCUUGAGAAGGGUUUGCGAUCGAGUAGCUGACCUGGAAGUCGAGGAGUUUGUUGGCAUAGGAAGUAUGUUUGAGUCCUGGAGGGUGUCUAAACCUCCUAUGUGUGACCUUAUUGUGCCUUUUUCUCCACCCCAGCCAUUCAAGUUCCAGUUUCAGCUCUGGUGCGACCCUGCCACUGAAAUCCCACUUGACCUGCAAGGAUGUGGAAGGAUUAAACUCAUAAAACCAGGUUGUCUCUGUGGCUCAAUCAAUCUUGGUGAUGAUAUGCUAUGUCUGCUUCACAAUAAAAAUGAGGGUGAAAAGCUUGAGGAACACACUUUGGUGGAACUCCUCUGUGCAAGGAACACCACGUAUUUGUCAAAAGAUCAGAUCAUGAGAUGGUUUCAGGUCUCAGUGACUAAAGCAUGGGGCCAUAUCUCUCAUAAGUAUGAUUUUGAGCUGGCAUUUCAGAACCUUGACUUCCCCGGAGCUCUUAAAAUCAAGUUUAGGUCUGGAAAGACUGUCGUUCUCAAUGUUACCCCUGCUGUUCAGUUGGAGGAAACGGACGCUUACCUUAUCUCUCAUUUCCCAUCUGACACUAGCAACUCCUCAGACAUUCACUGGCAACUCUCACUAUCCGUUUAUGAAAGAAAUCUGCUUAAAUACCUAGCGAAACGACUUCCUACCAACUCGUGUCACAUUCAUUGUCUUCAGAUAGUUUCUUUCUUGCACAAAAAGCAGACGGCUUUGACUGGGAGAAGCGCCUUUUCUAAUUACCAUAUAAAGACGGCGCUCUUGCAUCUGCUGUUGAGUAAACGUCUUGCGAUGUGGCAGCCGCAGAAUCUUAAUCACAGAUUACGAGAUCUGCUCAGCUUCCUUCAGCAAAGCUUGGAGGAAAAGAGACUAUAUCACGUCGUUGUUGGGAACCCACGGAUCCCAAUUGAAAUUCUGGUUCCCAAAAUCAUCUGUUCUGCAGAGCCGAUAAACCUGUUUAGGCCUCUUGUGUUGCAGAGGCACGUAUAUGCCAAAAUGGAGGAGCAUUUUCAGGAGAUGGUCAGAAAUACAUCUGUGCUUGUUCAGGAAUAUACCCCUCACUUUUCUAAUGGUCACGUGGGACAUGAAUUCAGCUCAACAGACCAUGUGUAGACUUACCAGUUGCUCUGGCUUUGAGUGCAGGGGAUUUCUACAGCCUAAUUACAUGAUUUUAUGCACUUCGAAUGUAAACAAUAUGUUAAGCUCUGACUGUUACUGAUGCUAUUAUGAGAUUUAGGUGUUUCUUCAACUAUGGGAACCUUUUAUGUCCCAGAGGACCAAAUUUCAUUUUAAUUGUAUUAUUAUGUUAUAAAAAGGUCACAUUGUUAUAGCAUAAAUUUUUGCUACUUUUCAAAUGCCUUUAGCUUCUAUUAUUUCACUAGUCCAAACCAAGACUUUAAAUCUUAAAAUCAUUUUCAACAACAACAAAAUGGGGUUAUAAUAAUAAUAAUAAUAAUAGUAAUAAAAUUACGUUUAUUUCAAAAGCCCCUAUACCUUCUAUUUGACAAGAGGGAAACAGUGUGUGAAUGCUUGAGAUGAAAUUAGAUGUUGUAUGUGAAGAAAACUCAAGUAAAAUUAAUUUUAACUCUGUGAACAUGUUUUUUCAUGCAUUGUUUCCAAUCCAGCUGUAAUUUUACUUAAUUAUGAAAACAAGUGGAUGUAAGGAAGCUCGUUUCCACCAAGGAUUAAAAAAAUAUAUAAGGUAAAGUAUAUUGCGACUUUUCUCCCCUCAGAAUUGCUAGAUAUAAACUCGAGUUAUAAAGUCAAAAUUGCUUGUUUUCAUAUGACGUCACGUCACUGCGUUACCCAUGGCGUUACCAUGGCGCGAAAUACAAAUGGAGGGCCGGAAGUGCGUCGUUUAUGGUUACUUGAAUCGAUCAAACCACGAGGUGUUUUUUAUCGUGUACCAAAAGUUGUUGUUCAUAAGGGGGGAAAUGCAAGAAAUUGAUCGAAAAACUCUGGAAAAACGGCUUGCAUGCAAAACCUACGUCUGUCAUGUCUGUUGUCGGGAGGAGCCGAAUGGGAAAAUGCCCGUGUGUGUAAGGUUAGUGAUCACUUUGUCAAAGGUGAGUUAAUACAACUUAAGUGGCUGUUUGUGUAACAUUUCCAAAGUUUGUAAAGUGAAAGUAUGUCUGUAAAACGAGGUAGUUGCUGAUAUCUAUCGCCGAUGGCAGGAAAAUCUUUAUUCAGUUGAAAAGUCGUUUCUCUCAAUGCCGUAUUUAUUCUGACCUUUUUCAGAAUUGUGAGAUAACUGCGUGUUAUAAUGU